CUCCGUACUUGACUAUUGUCGCCUCACCAUCCUCCCACAACAAAACACUAAACAUCACUGCUCCGUUCCUGGAUCCACUACACGGUAACGGCUGUGAUGAGAGCGGCGGCGGAGAGCGGAGCUCCUUCUCCCCAAUACUAAGUCCGUGUAUGGAUUUAAUGAUGAUGAAAAAAAAGAAAUUCAAAUUUAAGGUGGAUUUCGAGCUGGAUGAGCUCUCGUCGGUGCCUUUCGUCAACGGUGUGCUCUUCUGUAAAGUCAGGCUGCUGGACGGCGGCUUUACUGAGGAGUCUUCUCGUGAACCGGUGCAGGCCAACUGUGUUCGAUGGAGGAAGCUGUUCUCUUUCCCCUGCAAGAUGAGCGCCAACGCAGGGACGGGCGUGCUGGACCCGUGUGUGUGUCGGGUAUCGGUCAGGAAGGAGUUGAAGGGUGGAAAGGCAUAUGCAAAGCUCGGUUUUGCUGAUCUGAAUUUAGCAGAGUUUGCUGGUUCAGGAAACACGACCCGCAGAUGUCUGCUGGAAGGCUAUGAUACCAAAAAUACCCGUCAGGACAACUCUAUUCUCAAGGUCGUCAUCAGUACACAGCUUAUGUCAGGAGAUCCCUGCUUUAAAACUCCUCCCUCUACAGCCACUGUGAUAGGGAUCCAGAGUGAUGGAGAGAGUCUGCUGGAGGAGAGGAGAGGAGGAGACUCACAGAAAGGCUCUUCUGAAAGCCGGGAAGGCAAGUGCCCGGUUGUUCCCGAUGAGUUCGGAGGCUGCGGUCACUCCCGGACAUCCAGCUACGCCAGCCAACAGUCUAAACUUUCAGGCUACAGCACGAGUCAUUCCAGCAUGGCAGAGUUCAGCCAUCGCAGAAACCAUUCAAUAGGCAGUGCCUCCACAGGCAUAGGCAGCAUCCCAGAACCCAGUGAGGACAAAGAAAGAGAGUCCAGACUCUGUCCUGCACUGCCUGAACACCCGGCCCCAACCACCACCACCAACCCACACGGGACACCAGUACGAAGUGCAUCGUCCUGUGAACGACUUAACAGACAUCCAGUAAAACAAGACUCUAUGGAGUCGCAGCUAAAGAGAAUGGACGACACACGAGUGGAUGCAGACGACGUGGUAGAAAAGAUCCUUCAGAGUCAGGACUUCACACCCAGCCUUCUGGACUCCAGUGCUGAAGAGGAGGGCCUUCGUCUGUUCGUGGGGCCUGGAGGAAGUACGGCCCUCGGAAGCCACCAUCUUCCCACCAGGGUCGGUGCAGGGGCGUACGAGCAGGUGGUGAUCAAACGUUAAAAAGCUGCAGCCUGCCAGUAACAAACUCCUGCUGCUUACAGCCAAGAACUGGAAAUUGCAUUAUUUACAGACAAAGAACAUUAUCAACAACUUUGUUACAUUUAUUCUGACCAAAAUGAUUUGCAGUCAAUGUUAUUGUGAUAAUGGUGAAUAUGUGCUUCAACCACCCUAAAACAGUGAAAUCCCCGUCUUUAGUUCAUAUAUGUAAUUCUUGGCAAUGCAGAUAUAAACAUAUUUUAGUAAAUGUUUAAAAGCAUACAAACAGUAUGUGAUAACACAUGAUGUGGCCUUUGAAAGAUAAGCAGAAGAUGCAGCUGUAUGUUGGUGAGUUGCUGGAACAGUGCUCACAAGUUUUCACAUCAAAUAUGGUAUAUGUUCCUCAGAGCCGUAAACUUAUAGUGAAGUCAACAGCAGAAUUAAACGCUUCAAAUGCUCAGUCAUAUCAACUUUAAUUACUGCAGCGCCUGACCGUUCGGCGAGUGUUUCACAUUACAACAGUGCCCCCUAGUGCUCACAGCAGCUAUGUCAGUAUUUUCCAGUUUUAACUUUACAGGCAGAAGCAGGCAGCAUCAAACCUUACGUCUUAUGAAUAUAUAUGAAAAAGAUUACUGUUAGUACUGUUAUUCUAUCAAUGUGUGAAAGAUCUCCAUUAAAUAGGAGUCUGUCAUCCAUUUAUUACAUUCCUGUAGUCAUAGGUCUUUAUAUAAAAUAUUGGCCUAUAAGCUGCAAUUGAUGGUGAAAAGUUAGAUUAUUUUACUACAGGUAUUUGGUGUGAGACCUCUAAAAUGUGUGAAUGUUGACUCUGUGUAUGGAGUGUUUGUAGCAAUUGGUUAAAAAAAAAAAUCAGUAUUGACUUACACUAGGUACCUUGUUGUUUUAAGUGACCACGGGUGAUCUCUAUGGUAAAAAAGCGCUUUGUUGUUACUUUUUAGGAGAAAAAUGGGAAAAGUUUCUAUUUUCCUAUUUGCAGGUGUCUCUGCUCUUACUUGUUCUUAGCUGCCAAUCAUCCUUUUACAGAACCACACAUUACCAGUCACUGUUUCAAUCAAAACUCAAACUCCUCUAAUGUCUCUAUUGUAGUACAACUACAAACCAGAUAGAAGGAUCCAUUAGUUCCUCAAUUGAAAUGAAGAUUCCCCUGCGUACCACUAGAGGGAGCCCUCGUACAAAUAGUGGUACACAGAGUAUGCAAUGCUUGCAAAAUUGGCGCUACAUUAAAGACACAAAAGUUGAGAUGUUGUUAACUGAGAGAUCUUUGCAUAACCGGUAUACCAUGAAUUAGGUGAUGUGAAACCGCAGCAGAGAGUAACUACUCCGUCCUUAACAUAGACUUCACACAUGUCUGAACAAUGCUCCAUUAGUGUUUUAAGAUGUCAGUGUUGAUUUUUUAAGGUUUUAAAAGUCUGCAUGAUUUUGAUGAAAUGCAUAAUUCUCUUAGCAGUGCCGAGGUUAACAAUUUACAUUUUCCCUACUGUGUUACUGUGCCAUCUGUUCAAUUUUUUUUUUCAUACAGGUAGCAUAUGGGAAAUCAUACUGUUAUCAUUAUUUGCUGUUGAAUGUCUGUCUGUCCAAAUGUGAGUGUAUAACUGUAAAAUCUGUGUCUUCAUCAAGUGAUUGUAUGUUUAUUCUUCUGUGUUUUUUGAGCAUGCUAAUAGGUUCCAUGUGCUAAAAGUCACACAUUAAGGAUAUCAUUGUCUUUUUGUGUUUUCUUUUCUCUUAAAUUGCUGAUAUUGUGCCAUAUAUUUGCCAACAUGUUUUGUUUAAAGAAAUGACAUUCCCACUACAUAGAUGGUGUUUAGUGCUACUAUGGCUAUUUCUGUCUCUAUAAAUCAGUUCAACCUGUGUGACACAGGUAUAUUCAUCUUGGUACCUAACAUGUUGUUACAAACAUGGUUGCUUCUUCUCUUCUGUGAAGCUGUUGUUAUGUAUAAAACUGUAAAAUGUAUUUUCCUGUAGCGUGACGUUCUGCGCUGUCCUAACACUGUCCAGUGGUUCCUGUCACAGAUUUUGGUAUUUUUUGACCAAACAUUUGCUUCCUUAACAAGUGGACCGGAUGCUUCAAAUGUGUACCUUGCACUGAAUUAAACUCUUCUAAAGCC